GAAAGGUAUCAAUCCAUGACAGUGGCUUUUCAACUUUCAGUAUCAGAUGCAGCUCUACUCCACUGCUAGUAAACAAUAAGUCAGUCCUUCUUUAAUAUAUUUUUUUGUUCCAUCACUUUUUCUAUGUUGCCUGCACCCUAAUUUCUAUCAUCUUUCGGUUCACCAGAAAAUGAAAAGCUGUGCUCAUCUACUUUCAUUUCCAUCUCAUCACUUGUAUUGAUCAUCCCACAAGAUUUCUGUUUAGAGUUUAGUCCAGAUACGAUACUGCGUGCUUUCCAAGUUUUAUUUUUUUUUCUAAAAAUCCCAGUCCCCCAAUUUUCUAGCUAACAAGUAUCAAAGAACUAGAGGAGUUUCACCUCUGAUGUUCUAGGGAAAUAAUUCGUGGAGAAGGCAAUCCCUGAUCGAAACUUUUGCUGUUAUUUUCUUGGGAACCAAACAGCAACUUUUUAAGUAUUUGGGUGUGUUUUUGUUGCAGAAGGUCAGUCAACAUGUCUGAGUUUCUUGAAUUCUUAAAGUGUAUGCUUUGUUGUGUAGAAGAAAAUGAAGAAGAUCUCCUUGUAGUGCUAGGUUCAAGGUCAACAAGUAAUUCAUCAGAUGUUGGAUCAAGUUUCACUAGGUCUGUGAGAAGAGUCUCUGAUAGACUUCUGGGUUCCAAUAAUUACACAUAUGUUCCUAUAUAUUCCUGUGAUCCACCUCCAUCUUCCCCUGCAUUACCUCAAUCUUCAUCAAGACUGCUCUCACCUUCUUCAAUUCCAACACCUUCAUGGCCUAAUCCCCCAACAUCAUCUUCUAAUCAACCUCGAUCCUUACAUAUACCGGCAACAUUUUCUUCUAGACCCUCUCCACCUGCACGUUCAACAACUUCGUCGAAUGCAUCCCCUCAAGCUACAACGUUGUCAUUCACAUCAUCUCCAUUUCCACCUCCACUUUCAACUUCUUCAUCAAAAUCAUCCCAUAAAACUCAUCCUACUGCUUUCCAUCCAGCUCCGUCUCCCAAACCACUCCCAUCGUUCCUUAAACCAGGAUCUUCAUCUUCUAAACCUUCUCCAUCUUCGCCUAAAGCAUCCCCAUCUUCAUCAUCCUCUAAACAGCCCCCAUCCUUCAAACCAACUCUGUCUCAGGUUUCCCCAGAUUCAAUUAAUGAGCAGACAAAGGUCAGCUACGUGCGGGUUCAAAAGGGUAUGUCACCUAUAUAUGCGAUUCCUAAGGAUAUUGAGGACUUGAUCAAGACAGACAAGGUGCCUGGAGUUCUUAAUAAACCGCUGUCUCUUUCGACAUACAAGGAUUAUUUUGCAGCACUUCUGUAUGCCGAAGACUUCUACAUUGAGAAAUGGAGUGAAUUUAAAUUGGAGAAUAUUACUCUCAAGUUGCAACGUGCAGAAAUCAUUAAGAAGUCACGCAGGAAUGAAUACCUCAAUGAAACUUAUGAGAAGGAUGACAAGAUCUUUGUAGAAUUUGAGAUUGACUCUUGUUGUGAGAGGCGGCCGUUUCUUUUGUCCAGAGACUUUGUCUUUGCACGACCUUCAGGUCAAAAGACCGAGCCAUGUCAGGGUAUUAUAUAUCGUGUGGAGAGGAGCACUCGUGUACUGGUUGAAUUUGGUGAAGAUUUUCUUUUGCAGCAUCAUUCAACCCGUAAAUAUGAUGUUAGCUUCUCAUUUAACAGAGUUUGUUUGAAAAGGGCUCACCAAGCAAUUGAAGCGGCGUCAGAUCCUUCAUUUAGAAGUUUUCUUUUCCCUGAUGGUGUCUCCAAAAAGAUAUUCCCAAUCUCUACACCUCUCCACUUUUGCAAUCAUAAACUUGAUGUGUAUCAAAGCUCUGCAGUUCGUGAGAUUUUGAGCUUCCAAGGACCACCGCCUUAUCUUGUUGAAGGUCCACUCUGUUUAAGUAAGUUUUCAAAACAACUAUCAAGGACUGGAUUGGUAAUCCAGGAAGCAGUGCUCCAAAUUUAUCAAAGCUCGCCAAAGCUUCGGAUUCUUAUAUGUGCACCCAUUAACAGAACAUGUGAUUUGCUGAUGCAAAGCUUAAACAAUGACAUUCCUGAGUCAGAUAUGUUUCGUGCAAAUGCUGCUUUUCGAGAGAUAGAUGGGGUGCCUAUUGACAUCCUACCAUCGUGUGCUUACAAAGGGGAGUGCUUUACGUGUCCAUCUCUUCAGGAGCUCCGGAAAUUUAGAGUAAUCUUGUGUACUUUUGUUAGUAGCUUUCGGCUGCAUAAUGAAGGGAUAGCUGCUGGUCAUUUUAGUCAUAUUUUUUUGGUUGAUGCUUCAUCAGCUACUGAGCCAGAAGCAAUGGUGCCUCUGGCUAAUUUGGCUAGUGAGGAGACAUCAGUCAUCGUUACUGGUGUACCAGGAAACCAUUCAGGCUGGGUUCGCUCCAGCAUUGCAAGGAAGAAUGGACUAAUGACAUCCUAUUUUGAAAGACUUCGCAAUAGCAAGCCAUACCGGAGUUUACUUCCAAAGUUUAUCACACAGCUGGUUGAUCCCGAGAAAGAAUCAGUUGGUGAUUACAGCUAUGCAUCUGUAUCUUAUGACUAAGGUGUUCUUCCAUAUCUGCAACGCCAUGAUACUCUUAACUCGUUGGAUUUCCUGUAAGCUUUCUUAAUGCCUGGUCUUGUGUAUAUACGAGUGAAAUAAAAAGAGAGUUCUUCUAGCCUGGUCUUGUGUAUAUACGAGUGAAAUACAGAGUUCUUCUGUAUGUUUACCCAAAUUUACCGAUUGAUGUAUUUGUUUGCUUGACUAGAAAAAUUCAAGUAGAAUAAUUUUCUUUCAUGUGGUUUAUUGCUUUCUGUUGUAGUGCUGUUUAUGUGGUGGUUUUGUUUUAAUCACUUAAAAAGUUCUUUUUUUAUAUACUUAAAAAGUAGAGAAUUUAAAAUUUU